UCGCGUGUGCGCAUUAUCACAAUGACAUCAUGGUCUGACUCUGCAGCAUUGCAUCGUAGAUAGGGCAUGUAAACGGGUGAAAAGAAAAAGGACAUGGAUACAAAUAUAUUUAAUUUCUCAAUAAAAAAGACUAUCAUAAGAAUAAGGAAGCGCUGGUAAUAUACGCAAGUAACGCAACCGAAGACAGGACCCUCUUAUUCCAGUGCAUAUUAAGGUAUUCCACGGAGAAUCCAUAGCUCCGCCGUGUUCGCCAUGGCUAACUCAUGUGGGACAGUGGAGAUGGCGUCAUUGGAAUGUGCUGCCUCGAAUCUGGCAUGUGAAGCAUCACCGGAGCCUGACAGUGGGGCGCUGAGGAUGGUACUGGUGGGGAAGACAGGCGCAGGGAGAAGCUCUUCUGGUAACACCAUCCUCGGGAGGCAGGCAUUCCGGGUGGACAUCUCUUCAUGUUCUGUAACUGGUCAGUGUGACAGACAGAGUGGAACUGUGGCUGGGAGGAACCUCACUGUGGUCGACACCCCAGGGUUCUUCGACACGCGCCUCUCCCCUCAGGAGGUGACGGCUGAGGCAGGACGCUGUGUGGUGCUGUCCGCCCCUGGCCCCCACUCCUUCCUGGUGACCCUUCAGCCUGGCAGGUUCACUCAGGAGGAGUUGGAUGCCCUGGAGUGGGUCAAGGCCACUUUUGGACCAGGAGCCCUCAGAUACACAGUAGUACUGUUCACCUGGGGUGACCAGCUUCAGGGAAAAAGCAUGGAAGACUUCCUGAAGGAGAGCCAAGAGCUCCAGGAGUUUGUGAGUAGAUGUCAGGGGGGCUACCAUGUCUUCAACAACAGCAACAAGAUAACAGACUGCACUCAGGUCACAGAGCUCCUGGAGAAGAUAGACAAGAUGGUGGCGCAGAACGGAGGUGGCUGUUACACCAACCUGAUGUACCAUGAGGCAGAGAGAGCCAUCAGAGAAGUGCAGGAAGGAAUUCUGGGAGAGAGAAGGAUGACUCCAUUGAAGCAGGAGGAGGAUGGGGUGAAGACAGGGCCAGAGCCUCAGGGACCGGAGGCAGAGAGAAUGAGAAGGAGGGAAGAGGAGGAGAGGAGAAGAGAGGAAGAGGCAGCCAGAAAGAAGGCAGAGAAGUUGUUCUGGUGUGAGCUGGUGUCUGCCCUGGGGAAGGGGGCGGCAGAGGGAGCUGGAGUAACAAGCAAAGGGAAAGGGAAAGCAGUGAAAAAGGUUAAGGCGAUAGAGAGGGCAGCAGCUUUGGCUACCACACCGCUGUCAAUCACAUCAGCUGCCAAAGUGGUGGGAGGAGCUGUGAGAGAGGGAAGUAAAGUGCUUUACAAACACCGCAAAACUCUCCUACACUGACGGGGACAUUUAAUAUCCACUAUUAUUCACUGUAUGGUGCUGGGUUAUCAGGUAGAAGAUGAGGGUCUUAAAUAACCCGUAUAUUUUUUUCUGUCUCUGAAGUGCAAAUUCGUUUCACACACUUAUUUAUCACUCAACUGUGUUCCCUGAAAAAUCCUCACAAUGACUUCAUAAGGUAGGCUUGCUAAA